UUUCAUUUCUGAGAAGACUGAACUGACGCGCAGAUGAUCUGUGGACAACCUGAAACAUGGACAUGCGUAUACAUCCAUGCAUGGGCAUGGGCAUCAACAUGCUGCGAAACUUUACGUUAGUGUACAUUAAAAGUAAAGUUAGCGUCGUUUAAGUCUUGCAUGUUUUUUUCUAAUUAGACAAGUAGCGUUUCAGUGAGACGUUGGAGGGUCCCGGUCACAGGCGCAAUGUUGCGCUUUUAAAAUGCGUUACGAACUAAGAGGAAGGAUGGCAACGACCCUGACAAAGACAGUUAAUCUCAUCACAGGACUGGUCAUUGUUUUCCAGUUACAAAUAAGCUUCAUGAAACUAAAAUCCGCUUAUGGUGUCUACCGUACUGACACACAGGGGCUGUCUUCUCCAGAGGAAGGGUCGUAUGUAGUCGCAGGGAACAACAAGCCCAGGGGGACGAGUCCCAGUUUUGGGGCCCCUGGCUGGGCUGCAGAUAACAGGGGCCACUACAGAGAUCAGCACCAAUCAGAAGAGUCAGAUCCAGACCUGCUGAUGGACGGUCACGACAAUGCUACACAGAUUGUGGACAUUGAUCCCGCCUACUAUACAUCUAAAAUCUACGGUUCUGGAGACUCAGCCAGCAAAGAGCUGUGGGUGAACAUCGAUGAGAUGGAAGAGGAUGCGUGGAAGGUCUGUGGUUUCCUGUCCAGCACCCACAGACAAGCUGAGAGAGUGAAUCUUUCCUUCGACUUCCCUUUCUAUGGACAUGUACUAAAAGAAAUCACAGUGGCAACUGGAGGUUUCAUUUACACUGGAGAUAUAAUCCACCAAAUGCUCACAGCCACGCAGUACAUCGCCCCUUUGAUGGCAAAUUUUGACCCAAGUCUGUCCCAAAACUCGACUGUGUUUUACUUUGAUAACGGCACUGCCCUGGUGGUUCAGUGGAACCGGAUUUACCUCCAGGACAACAUCAGUCUUGGAUCUUUCACCUUCCAGGCCGCUCUGCACAGUGACGGACGUAUCAUCUUUGCAUACAAAGAGAUUCCUAUACACAUCAACGACAUCAGCACUGAGAAUCAUCCUGUCAAGGUGGGCUUGUCGGAUGCUUUUGUGGUUCUAAAUGAGAUAGAGCAGAUCCCCAAUGUUCGGAGGAGAACCAUUUAUGAGUACCACAAAGUCGACAUCCUUAAGUCCAAAAUCUCCAAUUCUACAGCUGUUGAGAUGCUACCUCUCCCAACAUGUCUCCAGUUCUCCAGCUGUGGUCCAUGUGUCACUUCUCAGAUUGGCUUUAACUGCAGCUGGUGCAGUCGGCUACAAAGAUGCUCCAGUGGCUUUGAUCGUUACCGGCAGGACUGGGUCGACCUCGGCUGCCCGGAGGAGAGAAGAGAUCCCCGGUGUCUUCGAAUGACAGACGUUACAAACGCCACAUCUCGCCACUUCACACACACGACCACUCCUGUUACAGCGACCACAAUGCAUCAGAAGACCUCCAGCUUGACCUCCACCCCCCUCCGCAGGACGUCCACUGUCACCAACCCCUCAACACAUAGCAGCACAAGCAGAAAAAUAAUAUCCACUCAACAGCCUCCUACCAGCAAACCUGCCGAAGAUGACACAAAGAUCUCUUUGCACAUCAAUGAAGCGCCAAAGGACGAGGAGACCACAGGAGAGAGCGAUGGGCCACAGACUGGUCUGCUGGCAGGAAUCAUCAUGGUGAUGGUGAUCAUGGGAGCAGCCGUUCUUGUGUCUGUCUACAUAUACAACCACCCCACCUCCAGCGCCAGCCUCUUCUUCAUGGAGCGACGACCAACCCGGUGGCCAAUCAUGAAGUUCAGACGGGGCUCCGGGCGUCCUUCUUACGCCGAGGUAGAGACUCCUGGUCAGGACAAAGACGGCAUGGGGGUCAUCGACCCCAAACAGUCUUUUGUCAUGUCAGACAGAAGAGAGAGUGAACAGAAGGAAGGAUUCAUAGUUCCAGAUCAGAGGGAGCGCUUCCUAGUCUCAGAGAGCUCCUGACCAAAACUACGUAUCCCAGAAAGCUUUGGGACAGAGCUGACCUCUAUGUGAGGGAGACUUUAUUUCCAUUCAGCUGUUGCUCAAAGUUAUUUUAAUGACAGACUUUGAGCAUUCAGAGAGGAAUCCGCCAAACCUCUAUGAGGAAAAUGUAACUGCAGAAUAUUUUAUUCACAAUUUUGCUUCAUGUUUGCAUUAGCUUGGUGAGCCAUUGGACUGUUUUAGGCAAGACAUAAAAAAAGAUAAAAACUUGUGAUUACUGCGUCACAAAGAGCAAGAGGUGACUCUGCUGAAUUUUUGUUUCAGACCAUUUCUCUCAAAGAUGGCUGUUAUUUUCCAGAGCUGUUAUGCGUCAUUUCAAACCUUCACAAGGAGGAAUGUCAUAUUCGGGUGUCAUUUCCUCAUCUCAAAAAUACAGACUAAAUUCCUCACCAUUACACCCACCUUCAUCUGAGGGGCAAACAGGGUGCAUAGUGUUUUCACUGCUGUUUACCUCAGAGCACAUUUUUACAAUGAAGCAAAGUCUGCAACCUUUUGCAUUUCUACUUUAUUUUCUGAACUUAAUAAUAAAGGCAGAAAAAUAAUGACUGAUUAGUUUGCUGUACAAACAUCCACAACCAUGGAAAAACACAGGUCUAUAGUUUAGACAUGAUAGUCUCGCAACAAUUUUCUAACAUGCUAUAAUUGUUCCCACAUGUGUAAUCUGUAUAUUUCUGAUACAAUGGUAAAAAUUCCAGGUUUGAGGUUGUAGUCAGUGGCUUAUAAUUAGUGCUUUUUCAGUCACUGUAAAGUAUAUGUAUAGCUUUAUUCAUCAGCAAGUAAAAUGGACAGCUAAUGUUGUUAAAAGGAAGUCUUUCAAAAGUAUUAUUAAAACAUUUGGAUUUUUUUGAGCACACGCUAUUAUACAAUGUAAUAAUUUCACCAGUUCUCUCAUUUUUUUGGAAAUCUAAAAAAAGUUUUAAAACUAAAAUGUUCAAAAGUUGUGAUUUUCUAAUGAUCUGAGGGUUUAACCUGUUCCUUCAGAUUGAUCAAUGCCUAUACAUUUUCCGAACUGUUAAGGAGUAUCAUCUACUGCACAUUUUGAUAAAAUUACAAAAGAAUCAUCAGUUUCCUAAAGUGACAUACCUGUGUUAUUUGAGGCCUGUUUAGUCUAAAAAUUAUAUUAAGGCAACACUUAAGACCAGCCUGUAGGCUGCAGAGUGAGAGGGUCAAGGCACUGCUGUGUUGGAGGUACUGCAAAGGUCCUGGGUUGCUGAUUUAGGUUUCUUCUUUGUCUUCUGACAGAAUUAGACAAAAUGAAAAUUAUGCAUUAAUAGUGAUCUUGAAGCACUAAAAUCAAAAAAGAUUCAAAUAGCA